AAUGAUUGAGUCACUCUUCUAUUAGAUAAGAGCAGCUAUUUAAACACUCCAGCAGAAGCACACACAUUUUUAGUUUGGUGAAGUUCUUGACCGCUUCACUCUCUCAUUCUUGGCAAGAAUUUGGCAAUAACUUUUGAUGACCUCAAGACCAAAACAAUGAAGGACCAGGCUGAUGAGAAGUCAAAUGGAAAGAAAGCUAAAGGUCUUCAGUUUCUUUCUUCUCCAUGUUGGUGCCCAGUUGCUGUGACUCUAGGGAUUAUUUGCCUGGGAUCAUUGGUGACAAUUGUAAUGCUGGGGGUGCAAUUAUCCCAGGUGUCUACCCUCCUAAAGCAGCAGCAAGCAAACCUGACUCACCAGAAAAAUACCCUAGAGGGGCAGAGCUUAGCCCGGCAACAGGGAGGAGAAGCUUCUGAGGAAUCACAAAGAGAACUCAAGGAAAUGAUAGAAACCCUUGCCCGGAAGCUGGAUGAAAAAUCCAAAGAGCAAAUGGAACUUCAGCACCAGAACAUGAAUCUCCAAGGAGCUCUGAGGAGAGCAGCAAACUGCUCAGUUCCUUGUCCUCAAGAUUGGAUCUGGCAUGGAGUAAACUGUUACCUGUUUUCCUCUGGGCCAUUUAACUGGGAAAAAAGCCAAGAGAACUGCUUGUCUUUGGAUGCUCAGCUGCUGAAAAUUAAUAGCACAGGUGACCUGGACUUCAUCAAGCAAGCAAUUUCUCAUUCCAAUUUCCCAUUCUGGAUAGGAUUGUCUCUAAGGAAACCUAGCAACUUGUGGCUCUGGGAAGACGGUUCUCCUCUGGUGCCCCACUUGUUUAGACUCCAAGGUGCUAUUUCCCAGGUGUACCCCACAGGCACCUGUGCGUAUAUACAACGGGGAGUAGUUUUUGCUGAAAACUGCAUUUUAGCUGCAUUCAGUAUAUGUCAGAAGAAGGCAAACCCAUUGACAGCACAGUGAAUCUGAAGGGGCUGGAAGAAGAGAGGGCUUUGAAUUUUUUUUCUGGAAUUUGAGCUACUCUUCAUCACUUGGGUGUCAAGCCUGAGAGCCCCGAGAACUGCCAGUUAUCGUGAGCUGGCUGUCAAACUCCUUAACAG